GUUGGGGAAUGCAGAAGCUGUUGCAAUUGAUAAGGAAAUGUCUAAAAGGUUAGUCGACAAAGUUAUAUACCUGUCACAUAUUAGACUUGAUGCUGCUCUAGAAGGAAAGCUUAGCCAUCCGAUUCAUGCACAAACCAAAGAAGAUUUAUUUACUAGUUGCACUCCUAGCCUUGCAAUAUUUGAAAGGAACCCAAAGUAGAUUAAUUUUCUUCGAACGUAAUGGAAGUGCCGGGCUUGAAUCAUAUAUUGAUGCUAACUAUAUAUGGUCAAUUAUGGAUAAAAACUACAUGAUAUUGUACAUUCCUAGUUGGAAUCUUGUGACUUGAAAGAGUAAUAACAAAGUGUAACAUCCAGAUCCAGUGUCAGUGUCAGAGUUGAUGACAAUGACACAUGAUAUAUGUAAACGGCUAUGACUGAAGAUCAUCUUGGUAGAUUUGAGAAUAAAGUGAGAUGAAUCAAUGGAACUUUAUUGUGAUAAUUUAUCUGUUUUAGCAUAGUCCAAAAUCCAAUACAGUGUAAUAGAACUAAACACAUUGAAGUUGCUAGACACUUAAUCCAAGAAAAAUAGAAAGUGUCGUCCAUCUAUCUCUUUCCAAGGCAACCUUGCAGAUUUUCUAAUUUAGGGGACUAACAACAAUAACUUUAAAAGGAUUGUUUCCAAAUUGAGAACGGUAGAUAUUCAUUCACCAGCAUGAGGGGGAGAUUAACAAUAUAUUUUUUAUAAUUUUUAGUAAUAGUAACUUGUAUUUGGCCCAUUAGGUUUAGAAUAGUCCAUUUCAACACAGUAGGUCUUAUACAUGAUUCAUAACUUUUAAAUGUAUCAAAUAUUACUUCUUGAGGUUUAUGAAGAAUGGUUGUGUGACAUAGCAUUGGCCAGUCUUGAAGAACAUCUGGUUAUGCAAACUUGAGGUUUUGAACAGAUUGUUGGAAGAUUGUUGAGGCACAUUUUGUUUUUGAAACUAGCUGUUUAUUUAUGUAUUUGAGAAUUGCUCCUUAUUUUUGGCCAUCCGAUGAUUAAAGGUUAUGCUAACAAGUAUCCUAAGAGCACUAGUUAAAGAAGCCAAAAGUGGAAGCUUUUAUUGGAAACAACAAUAUAAACCUUUUUAAAAGUUGAAUGCACCAUUUUGCUACACAAUUUCGCUAUUUGUUUUCUUAACCGAUGUCCCAAGAGCAAUCAUUAGCAUUUUCCAAUGAUAAAUACAGUUGGAUUUGAAUAAAUUUGAAUAAAUGCUCUUUUGAGGGAAUGAAGUAAUUUAAACCAACCUUAUAGGGUAAAAAGAUAGUAUCAGAACGUGAAGUUUGAAAGUCUAUUUCUUCAUUGGUUAUCUGGUUGAAAAAGUGGCCAUUGUUACUCUGUUUCAAUGUAGACUUCUAGUGCUUUCUGCAAUCCUGCUGAUGUUGAAGCAUUUACUGAGGAGAAAAAACAGUCUCUUGUGAAACGUCAAGGAAAGGGUGCUGACUUUGUUCGCGCUGUUAAGGAGAUUGUUGAUAGCUAUGAAAAAUUAAAAAAAGAGAGACAACUUGGUGAAGCUAAUUGUGGCGGCAAUGUUGCUGAUGCAAAUAUUUUAAAUCCAUUCAACUCAUACGACAAGGAUCAGAAAGAUGCUCCUGACUUAUCACCCACUUUACCCAUGAAAUCUUCAAAUUCUGCUAUCGACAGACAUGAGUUGUGUCCAGCUAAAGAUGACUCAGCUGCUGUGUUGAAAGAUGAAUGUCAUGAUAAGGAGGCAUCAAAGAAGGAGCUUACUGAUAAUUUUGCUUCUAUACAAUCGCCUAAGCCCAUUACUUACUCUUCUCGAAAGAAAUCUGCUGGCGACUUGUGCCCACAGGGCUUCAUAACAGAUAGACAUAUGCCAGUUCGAAGGAAUAGAAGAAGCUCAUCGCGGGUCCAAACCAUUAUGUUUCCCUGUAAUGAUGGUGGAAAAAAUUCUGUCAGCCAAUUAACCAAUGCCGCUCAGGGUGCAUCUGUACGAAGGAAUAAACGUCUUAGGAAGUCGCCUGAUCUUGCUGGCUGUAAUGAUUUUGAUUCAUCUGCUUUGGUCUUGAAUGAUAACAUGGAGGACAAAGGCAACAGCUCUGAAAUUCUUACAAUUGAUUCUGAUGAAUUUAGCCUGAAUGAGGAUAGUGCAAUGGAUUCAAAUUUUAAACACACGGAAACUAUUGAAUGCCCUGAAGAAGAUGAGCUGAACAAAGGCCUUGAUCUUAAAAUAAAGGGUGUGGUCAAUAAGAAGAAAAGAAACCACAAUAGGAAGAGGGCAACCAAUGAUUCUACCAAGCCAACCAUUGAGUCUUCUAAGCCAACCGUUAGACUUGGGGAGGAACUUGGUUUGCGGAAUUCCAGUCAAAGUUCCCAGAAUAUUUGCGGAAAUUCUGAAGAAAGAUGCUUUGAGCAAGAUGGAGAUGAACACUUGCCCCUUGUGAAACGAGCAAGAGUCAGAAUGGGUAAAUCAUCUUCCACAGAGGGAGAACUCAAUAGCAUUCUACAUGCUCCAGUGAAAAGCUAUAAGGAAGAUAUUAGCCUGCCUUCCCAGAUGAUAGAUUCCUCAAAUCCCGAAAAUGGAAGCAAUGCUCCAGGGAAAAGCUGUAAGGAAGAUUUUAGCCCACCAUCCCAGAUGAUAGAUUCCUCAAAUUGUGAAAAUGGAACCAAUGCUCCAGGGAAAAGCUUUAAGGAAGGUAUUAGCCCACCAUCCCAGAUGAUAGAUUCCUCCAAUCGUGAAAAUGGAAGCUCUCUUGAUGCAGGCUCAUCCGUCCUGAUUGGAACUGUGGAAAGUUUUUCUCCUUCAAAGAAUUUUGCACCAUGUUUUGAAAAUCAGAUUUGUAAUAAUAAGAGAGAUCAAACAUUCUGCUCUGUGGAUUGUGAAGCUGCUUUACCUCCAUCUAAACGUCUUCAUCGAGCUUUAGAAGCCAUGUCAGCUAAUGCUGCGGAAGAAGGUCAAGCUCGCAUAGAAUCAUCAGCCUCCAGAAUGACAUCAAUUGGCACAUGCUGUAUAUCUGCUAUCAAGACAAGCCAAAAUAUGACUAUUAAUGAUCAUGAAGGUGGUAGUUUAGAGCUGCAAAAGUUCAAUGCCUGUGAUGGUGAUUCUUCUCAUAUCAUUGUGCAUAGUUUGCCAGCUAAUUCAAAUCAAGUGGAUAAGCUGUCAACCAGGUUCCAACCACAAAAAACUGGCACAGAUGUUCUCGCAGGUGCUGCAGAUAAAGUUGAAGAACUCGGUGAUUUUGUGGUUUGUCAUGCUACUAACGCGGAUUCGGAAAUUCAGGUUCAUAGGGAAAUUUCUCCAAAUUUUGAUUCAAAAUGUUAUGAAGUUGAAAGCAAUCAAGAUUCACCUGACCUGUCAUUACCACCAAUUAGUGAAGACAAUAUUAUAACAUCGAAUCAUUCAAAUACAACAUCUGAUGCAUCAGAGCACAAUGGAAUAAGCCAUCUUUCCGUGGCAGAUGUGAUUAAGAAAGAAGUUAUUUCCCCUCAAAAUAAUAUUGCUCUGCCUCGGAAUGAGGUUGCUAUUUCUGAGGAUAUGAAGUGUCUGACGCCAGUAGUUGUGGAUGUUGACAGAGCAAAUGACAUGAGUGAGGUCAUAAAAGAGGUAAAGUGUAAAGGACCAGAGGAGGAUUUGAAUUCUGUUUCAACAUCUGACUGUCUGGGUCAAAAGGUUAUUUCGGGCAUUCGGUCAAGUACAUCCCUGACAGAUGGGGGAGACUGCCUUCCACAAGGAUCACCUCCAAACACGUCAAUUUGCAAUGUAUCCACAUCAGACAGUAGUAAUAUGCUUCACAAUGGAAGUUGUAGUCCUGGUGUACAUUUACACCAGAAACAAACUUUUUCUGGUCCCGUUGAUGAAAAUAAGUAUGGAUCUGAGGCAACUCAACAAUCAAGAUCAAUGGGCAAGUCAACUGAAGCGGGUCGGGCUGCUCUGCUUUAUUUUGAAGCAAUGCUUGGGACAUUGAAAAGGACAAAGGAAAGUAUUGGCCGAGCAACACGUAUAGCUAUUGACUGUGCAAAGUUUGGCAUUGCAGCUAAGGUCAUGGAAAUUCUUGCCCACAAUCUUGAAAAUGAAUCAAGUCUGCAUCGGAGGGUAGAUUUGUUUUUUCUUGUUGACUCUAUUGCACAGUUUUCUAGAGGUUUAAAAGGUGAUGUUUGUUUAGUUUAUUCCUCCGCUAUCCAAGCAGUCCUCCCUCGACUAUUAUCCGCUGCUGUUCCUCCUGGAAAUGCUGCACAAGAGAACCGUAGGCAAUGUCUUAAGGUUUUAAGGCUGUGGUUGGAGAGAAAAAUCCUACCAGAACCCAUGGUUCGCCACCAUAUCCGGGAAUUGGAUUUGUAUAGUUCAAUUUCUGCAGGUGUCUUUUCACGACGAUCAUUAAAAACAGAGAGGGCUAUGGAUGACCCUAUAAGAGAAAUGGAGGGUAUGCAUGUUGACGAAUAUGGAAGCAACUCAAGUUUGCAGCUACCUGGAUUUUGCAUGCCCCGAAUGCUCAAAGACGAAGAUGAAGAUGACAAUGAAGAGAGUGAUUCCGAUGGAGGGAAUUUUGAGGCUGUCACACCUGAGCAUAUUUCUGAAGUACAUGAAAUGACUUCUACAAUUGAUAAACACAGGCAUAUCUUAGAAGAUGUUGAUGGUGAACUUGAAAUGGAAGAUGUUGCUCCCACUCAUGAUGUUGAAAUGAAUUCAUUUUGCAAUGUUGAAAGAGGAAAUACCUCACAGUUUGAGAAGAAUAUCUCCCUGUCUGCUGCCCCUCUACCUCAGCUUGUGCCUCAAUCUUCCCCACUUCCACCAUCAGCCCCUCCACCCCCACCCCCACCACCUCCACCACCCCCACCCCCACCACCUCCUCCCCCACCACCCCUUCCUAUGCCACACCUUGUUGCAUCUACCUCUGAUCCAUGUAGUGCUGUAUUUAAUUCAAGAGGUCAUGCAGAAUCACAGUGUGUAAAAGACAACCCACUUCACCCCAUGGCUCAGCCAUCGGCUGCACCAAGGAGUAACCAUCCUAGUAGUGAUGCAGUACACUAUCAUGGCUCAGAAUAUAGAGAAGUGCACAUGCCAGAGUCUACUUGCUCUUUCAACAGUUUCCCUGUACCACCAGUAAAUUAUCAACAUUCUGAUGGUGUUGCUAUGAAUAAUAGAGGAUAUUCUAUAAGGCCACCAUGUCAUGUGCCGUCAAAUCAAUUUUCUUUUGUUCACGGGGAACAUCAUGUGAGACAUCAAAGGGAGGUUCCACCACCACCACCACCACCACCUCCUUACUCCAACAGGCAACACUUUGCGGAGAACUUGGAGAGAGAGCACUUCUAUAAUAAUAAUCAUGAAAGAUUAAAACCGCCUCCAUAUGAUUACCGAGAGAGAUGGGAUGUACCCCCAACUUAUUCUGGUCCUAGAUAUCCGGACGAAGAUAUGCCUUCCCCAUAUGGGUGUCAUCCAUGUGAACCACCUAGAGUACCAGGUCAUGGGUGGAGAUUUCCUCCUCGGUCAAUGAAUCACAGGAACACCAUGCCAUUUAGACCACCCUUUGAAGAUUCAAUUCCAGUUACAAACAGAGGUCCAAACUUUUGGCGGCCUAGGUGAUAGUAACCAAGGAUCCAAGUCUGGUAUAACUGUCUUUUUCAACCCGAACUCUGGCUUUGUUUAGGAGGGGUUUAUGGUCCAUCAUUCUGUACAUGCAGGACUCCUUGAAGGAGGAUUCAACAUAAUCUGCACAUGACAUGUGAAUGUAUCACUAGAUUUGUUGUACAUAUGUAUUUAAGCCUGUUUUGCAAAAUGCAGGGCAGGAAGAGUCAUUGUAGAGUUGUGGGAGAGGUGUAACUUUAACUUAGGUGGUGUCAAAAUUUUUCCCUGCAAAGUUUUUAUAAUUUAUUUUAUGAUAUCCCGUACAGAAUUUAGAUCAGUAUAUAUAUAAAUUUCAGUGAAUAUUUCCUGGAAUUGUUCUUAAUAGAGGAAAACUUCUCUGCCAA